UGGAGUGCUAGUGCCUCACUCCUGCAGAUAAUCUCUCCAUCCUCCCCAUCCUCCCCCUCCUCCCCAUCCUUCUUUCCUGCCUGACGCAGAGGAAGCUGCAGGGUUGAAUGGAACCUAUCUGAGGUUCCAAUUAAAUCUUCAUGGCAGAGGGGCAUUCAUAUCCUCCCCCAGAUACAAGGAUAAAUUCAUUGGGAACAGCAGUUUCAGAACACAGUGCUGCCACUGUCAUCGCUAGCAGACUGCUCCACAGACCAAAAUGCGCUCUAUGCCUGUUUAGGGCAUGGGCAAAAACCCAUUGAAGUCAAUGGAAAGAUUCCUACUUCCGGCCCUCGGAUCAGACCCUAUGUAUUCUGCAGGGUAUUUUGCACAGUGUCUUUCUUAAAGAGUACAGGACGUUGGUAGCCUGGAGAAGUGGGCGGAGCACACAGGAGUGGAAAGACUGAAGCAACCGUACUGGGUUUCCAACAAUGCCGCGAGUGGUGGAGUGCGCCCCCUGGAGGUGGCUGAAGGAAGGGAGGGAGUCCCGGAAACUGGUUCUGGUGGUGGUCUUUGUGGCGCUGCUGCUGGACAAUAUGCUGCUCACAGUGGUGGUGCCAAUCGUCCCCACUUUCCUAUAUGCCACAGAAUACAAAGGGGCUAACAGCUCUGCUUCCCAGAACUGGAUCCUGGCAGCAACACCCAAGGACUUCCCAGCCCCCACCUUUUCCUCCGUGUUCUCUUACUUUGACAACACCACGGUGACCGUCUCAGGCUACGCGGCUGUGGAUGCCACAGAGGAGGCGAACGGGACAGAGAGCAGCCACCUGCCUCAGCUCCCUGGGGCCAGCCUGCCUGCAAGGAACAGCUGUGUGGAGGGGGAGGAAUUUCUCGCCGAGGAGAACGUCCGGGUGGGGCUGCUUUUUGCCUCCAAGGCCCUGGUGCAACUCACAGUCAACCCCUUUGUGGGACCCCUGACCAACAGGAUAGGCUACCACAUCCCCAUGUUCGCUGGAUUCGUCAUCAUGUUCCUCUCUACCGUCAUGUUUGCGUUCUCGGGUACCUACGCCCUGCUGCUGGUGGCUCGCGCACUGCAGGGCAUUGGCUCGUCCUUCUCGUCCGUGGCAGGCCUGGGAAUGCUGGCAAGCGUGUACACAGAUGACUACGAGAGAGGAAAUGCCAUGGGGGUAGCAUUAGGAGGUCUGGCAUUGGGGGUGCUCGUGGGAGCCCCCUUUGGAAGCGUGAUGUAUGAAUUUGUUGGGAAGUCCUCCCCCUUUCUGAUCCUGGCCAUCUUAGCCCUUUUGGAUGGAGCUUUGCAGCUGUGCAUCCUGCAGCCCUCUAAGAUUUCCCCCGAAAGCACCAGGGGCACCCCCGUAUUCACGCUGCUGCGAGACCCCUACAUCCUGAUCGCUGCAGGUGCCCUCUGCUUUGCCAACAUGGGCGUGGCGAUGCUGGAGCCCACGUUACCCAUCUGGAUGAUGCAAACCAUGUGCUCCCCGAAGUGGCAGCUGGGGAUGGCGUUCCUGCCUGCCAGCGUAUCGUACCUCAUUGGCACCAACCUCUUCGGGGUGCUGGCUCACAAAAUGGGGCGGUGGCUGUGCUCCCUGAUUGGAAUGGUCGUGGUGGGGGUGAGUCUCCUGUGUGUGCCUCUUGCGCAGAAUAUUUAUGGGCUGAUCGGCCCCAACGGGGGGCUUGGCUUUGCCAUAGGGAUGGUGGAUUCCUCGAUGAUGCCUAUUAUGGGAUACCUGGUGGACCUGCGCCACACCUCUGUCUAUGGCAGCGUCUACGCCAUUGCUGAUGUUGCCUUCUGCAUGGGCUUUGCUAUCGGUCCAUCUACUGGGGGUCUGAUCGUACGGGCCAUUGGGUUUCCCUGGCUAAUGGUCAUCAUAGGAGUGACCAACAUUGCUUAUGCCCCUCUCUGUUGGUACCUGCAGAGCCCUCCAGCGAAAGAAGAGAAGAUUGUGAGUUUAACCCUAUACUUGAUUGUAAGGAAAUCUGAGGUGGGGAUUGUCUUGCACUCCACCCAGAAACCUCGGCGGGAGUUCCCCCUGACAGACGGUAGUGACGAAGAGGCAGAGAGCGAGGAGGAGUAGCUGCGAAGGUAUCAAGGAGGUCUCGUCAUACAAGGCGAACCCGGAGACCUCCCUUCUGAAAGCUGACAGAGCAAGGAAUCCUGGCUUUGUUAAUUUGCUAUGCUCACGGCGUUGGGUGGUCAGGCAGUCUGAGAGCCAGCUAUACCCUGGCUGUUCUCAUUGGCUGUGUGGACUUGGUCACCUCACCUAACCUCAUCAUGUCUCCUCUGUAAUAAGGGGCUAUAGGCAGGCGGGGUCAGCCCAUACUGUUCUACAGAAAAACAGUUGUGCCGUGCAAUCCACCCCCCGGUGAUAUGGGGAAUAGCAUCAACCUACCUCACAGGGGUGUUGUGAGGCUGUGUCAAUCAAUGCCUGUAUUUGUGUUCUUUGGAUGAAAAGCACUCAUGCAGGGUAAACCGCUAUCUCCAGGGAGAUUUCUUCUCCGCAGAUCCUAUUAUAACUCCCCCUCGCCAGCAUGGACUUGCUCUGUAACACCACGGAACCAUCUCUUCGUAGCACUGCCGAUGUGCCA